AUGGACCGCAUCAAAAUUACCUCUGAUGUUCCUGGUAAGAAGAUUUAUGCCUCUUGCAAUAAUGCUAUUGGAACUUCCAUUGGCACUAUUGUGCUCAAAUUACCUUUCCUCAAGGCAAGGGUAGAACCAACUACUUAUUCGCCAGCUACGCCUCCACAAGCUCUGCCUUUGCCACCUACGCCUCUGCCAUCUCCGCCUUUGCCUGUUACACCUCCGCCAUCUCCCCCUAUGCCGUCUACGCCUCCGCCAUCUCCGCCUAUGCCGGUUGCGCCUCCAUUAACUCUGAUUUUGCCAGCUACACCUCUGCCAGCUCCUCACUUGCCAGAUACACCUCCACCAUCUCCACCUGUGUUGGCUACGCCUUGGCCAUCUCCGCCUAUGCCAGCUACGCCUCCGCUAGCUCUAAUUUUGCCACCUACACCUCCGCCAUUGACGGCUACAUCUUCACCAUUUCCCGCCAUGGCAGCUACGCCUCUACUGAUUCUGCCUCUGCUAGCUCCACCUUUGCCAAAUAGGCCUCGACCAACUCUGCCUUUGCCAACUACGCCUCCUCUAGCUCCACCUUUGCCAAAUAGGCCUCGGCCAACUCUGCCUCUGCCAACUAUGCCUUCGCCAGCUCCACCUCUGCCAUUUACACUAGCUUCGCUAGUACCAACUCCACCUCCCCCUGCUCUGCCAGCAACACCACAAAUGUCCUUUAAAGGGAACAAGGAGUGCCAAAUAUGUACUUCACAUCUGGUGCAUCCGGAGCUACUAAACUACAUAAGAAGCACUAUAUUUGGUAUCAAAUAUUGACCAUGAAUUUGUUACAAAAACUUUAAUUUGAUAAAUGCUAGUAAAAUAAAUAUCUUUUUACUUCUUGUAAUCACCAACAAUUAUAUAAUUUCUAAAAGUACUAUAAAAAACACUAUUAUAGACCCAUCUAAGAAUUUCAUCCAAAAAAGAUGGCUCUGAA